AUGGGCUUCCCAGCGAUUGAAGUUCCUCGACUCCAUAGGGAUCUAUGGAGACACGAGGCGCACCUUCCCGUCUUUGUUCUCUGUCGCUCUCUUUUUGACAACUUGACUGGUCCUGGACGCAUCAAAUGUCAGCAAAAGCGUCAAAGAGCACAUCGUUUUCAAUCUUUCACAAAGGAUUAUCUUCAUCCGAACGGUCAUGGAACGGUCAUCAAUCGUGUGCAAGAUGUAGCUGAUUCUUUGUGGGAGAAGGGCCAGUUUCUACCAAACUCACCUCUCGAUGAUAUUUUUCGAGCUUACACAGAUCAGAAAACAAAAACCGAAAGCUUCAGAGCGUCGAUUGGUUUGCCGCCGCUGGCUAGACUUCUCGACAAAUACGCUUUACACUUGCCUGAUGAGUACAGCCCAUCCAGCAGAUCGAGAAAAUCGCGACUGCGAGAGAAAUUACUCCAUGCUGGCGUAUCCAAGUCACAACACGUUCCUCGACAUGUAUCAAAACCGGAUGAUGACAGGUUACCAAUCAUGGAGAGUGGAGCGAGCAAAUAUUACAAAAGCCAAGCUUCUCUUCUGCUGCACAUAUGUAUCGUAUUUCCUUCUAUCAAUCCUUCACGCAGUUGUAUCUCUCUUCCGAGCCUAGCAUCUAACAUUGCAUCUUCAGAAGUCAUCGUGGAGAAACCAAGGCUGGGAGCGUAUGAAAAGGAUUACGACUGUACGUUACAUUUUCCCAUCAGAUCUCAACAUCCCAUUCUUGUCACCAUUCCGCAAUUGCUAGAAGAAGCACUCUUCAGUCUCGCCGCCAGGUGUUUUCCAGAACAUUUGGAAAGGAACAAUUGGACACAGCUCGAAGCUGUCGAGUAUACGUUGUGGGGCUCCAUCUUGACUCAGUUUCGCCAUGAGAUUAGUGGCAAGCUAGAAAGUGGAAACACGUUUGAUUGUAUCUCUUAUUUCUAUCGGCGACUUACAGAUGUGAGACAUUUGGCAGUUCAUAGGCGCGCAGGGGUUCCCAUCGAACUUGUCGUCUCGCAGGCUUUUCUGUCUGCUGCUUCGAAUUGUGGGAUCGCUCAACACAGAAUGGCUAACAUCCUAUGCUCGCGGCUCGGCGAGAGCGCUGGGAGAUCAUCCAAGAGCUACUUCACUGGGGGGGUGGGGGUUGCAGCAGGAAGUACUCUCAUAUGGUGA